GACCGCCCAUUGAUGUAACACAACCACUCCAGAUGUUAUCCUGAUUUGGGACAAGAAGUCCAACUCGCAGCACUGAGCCCACAUCURCACACGAUGUCUGUUGAACUCUACCCUGUGAGUGAACCGAAUGGGAAUAAUGAAACCACUCAGGAUAUCACACUGGGAGGGAAUAAACCUUUACACCGCUUCCUGAGGUGUCAACCCAAGGUCGUUGGGACGGUUAUGCUGGUCAUCGGGUCGUCCUCGGUGAUUGUUGCCAUCGCCACCUACUCAGACGUCUACAUUCUCCACAUGUGGAUGGUCAUUCCUCCAGAGAUUUUCAUGGGAAUAUUGCUCACCAUCUGUGGGAUUUUAUAUAUUGUGACACAACACAGACCCACCAAGAAAACUGUAACCAUAUCAUUUGCUCUCAGCAUUGUGUCGACGCUCGGGGGGUUUUGGACAAUUUUCGUCAUGCUCAUUAACUUCCACAUCUACUAUGGAUACAGUAGUGAUGAACACGAACACAGCAAUGACACCGACAUCGCCAAUGAAAUACCAUGGACAUCUCAUAUAGAAGUUAUGGGACUGACCUUGGAGGUAGUCUUUUUGUUGUACAGCUUCAUUGGUACAAUUAUCUUCAUCACCAUGUCAGUGCUGGCAGGAGCUGCCCUCCGUUCAACAAAAACUCAGGCCAUCGUGGUGAUGACGGCGACGGGAGCUGAAGCACCAGUUGAAUGAAAAGUGAAGAAGGUCCAAACUUUCGCAAAUCAAGCAGCAACACAAAGAAUCUCUCAUCUAUUAAUAGAUGUUCAAAUAUUGGGCUUUCUCUCUGACAGUAGAGAACACAAUACAAAUAAUCCAACUAAUGUGUGGUGUGGCGAGUCCUGUGUCUUACUGCCAGAAAUGAUCUGGCAGUAAAGUAUAAACACUGAGCUUUGCAGCUCAGCAGUGGUAGCAAGCUGCUGCCCCUAUAGCUGCAGCCUGAAGUUCAUCUUAUUUUUGCGUCAUCUGAACCAGCUAAACCAAUGAUUGCAACAGUCAAACUGUGUGGACAUUGUCAGCACUGUGAGCAAGACACAGAAAAAUACAUAGUGCCUAUUAGUUCCAGGUGGUAACAACUUAAUGUGUAAUUCAUAGGUAAUUUACAAAUAAUACAUCAGCUACGGGGACUAUCUAUUCGUAUUGUUUCGCGCUCCUGUUUAGUAACCUGAUUUGUUUCAAGAUUUUAUGCUGCAUCUAUAAAAAUGUUCAAGAUCCUGAGAUGCUUUGUGAAAUGAAAAGGAGUCAUGUGCUUAUGCACCCAUGUCUCUUCAAAACCCUCAGAUUAUGAGGCCGUACUUUUAGAAGUCACAUAAGAAGUUCAGUUUGCAGUGUAAUCCUUACACUGUUUCAGGGUGUGUAAAUGUAUAUCAUUGUACUAGACGUGCACUUCUGAUUAACUACACAAAAAGGCAAACAAGCAGUUGUCAUUGCAACCAUGUUUCCAAAGAUGCAACAAACUUAGAAAAAAACAAACUGUUAUAAGUGGCUACUAACCUCAGAUGUUACAACGCACUACAAGUUUCACAAAAGCUGACACAGGCCAUCCCAUAACGAAACUGAUUUGGUAACAUUUCUUGAGUUGACAUUUUCUUACUGUUGCAUACAAAUAUUUUCUUCAGAAAUACUUGUUCCCAAUGUCAAUGGAACUUCAACCUGAUAUUUAGUGUCAAGCUGCCGUACCUGAUUCUGGCAAUGGGCAUGAGUUAUGCUCAGAUCUGUAACUCCAAAGUCAACAACUUUAAGCAUACUUCUUCAUAGUAGUUAUUACAAUGCAACUGACAUAUUUUUGCGACCUGAUGUUCUAGAUGCUAAGUAAACACAUUCCCAUGUCAAAAAGGGAUCAUCAUUUUAUUGACAGUUCAGGACUUGAGUGAUGUUUUCUGUAAAGAAAUUAUAAAAAUCCUAUAACUACACAAGCUCACAUAUUCAGUGAAUGGCAUACAAUACAAGUACAGUGGGAGGUAUGAGGUCUAUAACAAUCGAAGGCAAUAAAGUAGCAGAAAGAAAGCCAGGCAGGCCUAAGCAGGUAGACUAUUACUCCAUUAAAGCUGCUAAUAAUUUCAAUAAAUGCUUUCCAAAAGAAUUUCAUUGUGAAGUUAAACAUGUGUUUCUUUAAUUUGAAUGUUAAAUUAUCCUUAGCAGAAGGAUAGGACAACAAACUCCCUCCCCCCCAAAAAAAUUAAUAAAUCUAAAAAAGUGUUGUUUUUUUUUUCCUAAGUGGAAUGCCUCAAAGUAGGAUAAAAAGUCAGCAGGGUAUUGUUGACAUCAUGAUCAUUUGCAGAAACAUUAUUAUUUUACAUGUAUGUGAGGUGUUUUUUAAUUUAAACUUCAAAUAAUAAAAAAAAAA